AUGCAGAAGCGAACAACACGUAAUAGACAGACUAAAAAGCUUGAUCAAUUUGCUCGUUUCAUGAAUACAGACAAUCUUGGCGUUAGUGGACCAGGUGUUGCUGGUUUCAGUGACCCAUAUAGUCAUCACCAUCGUCAUCUAACUCAACAUCCUCAACUUCUUCCAUCGCACCAUCCACAGCAUCCUUCUCCAAUGUAUUGCUCGCCGUCCAAUCCAUAUGCGGAAUUUUUUCCACCAUUUCCAACUGAAUUUGUUGCAUCUCAUGAGACGGCUACUAAUGCAACUGUACCACCUGAUUAUCUUACCUUACAAAACUCACUCGACUACGUUGUGUCACAUCAUCAUCAUCAACAACAACAACAACAGCAGCAGCAGCAGCAACAUCAACAGCAGCAAAUGUCCCAUCAUCAUCAUCACCAACAUCAUCAAAUGGCUGGCUCAUCAAAUCGAGAACGUACUCCUUCAUCUGUAGGUACUGGUAUAAAUGGCUCUGAUUCUUCCCCAUCGCAUUCAUUUGGUACGAGCAGUGGCUAUUCAUCGUCAGUCGAUUAUUACAAUACACCGGUUUUAGCAUCUAAAGCGAGUGUUUCCAACUGCAAUACGCCGAACACGAAUUCAAAUACGAACAAUAAUAACACAACAGGGACGACAUCUAACAAUAAUCAUAGUCCAUACGAUGGCACUUCAACUGCGAGUACAUCAUCACCUCCUCAUACAACAGGCUAUUCAACAACAGCAAUCAAACAGGAAACCAUGAUGCCACCAGGAUUUCCGAUUGAUCCACAUAAUUCUUAUAGUGGAAAUGUCAAUGGAACAACAUCGUCAACAAGUGGUGUGAUAAGUGGUAAUGCAAAUAAUAAUAAUUUUGGUCUUGGUAUCGAUGAAUAUGGUUCUUCAUUGUAUCAUCCAUCGGCAACAAGCACCUACCCAUCGUAUUCUCCCACAGGUCUUCUACAAACAUCUUAUCCUGUUGGACCAUAUAGUGUUUCUCAUCCAGAUCAUAUGCGAUUGUAUAGUUCACAUUUUAAACACGAUUUUGGAAUUGAUAUGCAUUUUAAAUUAGUUGGAAAUCAAAGAGCUUCGCCAAAUGCAGAUGUAUCGCCUUCGCAGUUGUGUGCUGUUUGUCAAGACACAGCUCAAUGUCAACAUUACGGUGUUCGAACGUGCGAAGGAUGCAAAGGUUUCUUCAAACGAACAGUACAGAAGAACGCAAAGUAUGUCUGUUUGGCAGAUAAAAACUGUCCAGUUGAUAAACGUCGACGAAAUCGUUGUCAAUACUGCCGAUUUCAAACAUGUCUUGCUGUUGGCAUGGAUAAAGAAGUUGUUCGAACGGAUGCACUGAAGGGACGUCGUGGUCGUUUACCAUCUAAACCCAAAAGCCCAAGUUCACGGCAGCCAAAUAGUUUUCAGACUCAAUUCUGUCGUUUCUACAAUGAUUCCAUACCUAAUCCAGCCAAUCUUGACUUCAGCAAAUUGAACUAUCGAACAGUAACGACUAAAGAAAACUUAUGCGAAGAAAAAUCACUUGUCUACGAUGCUAUUACACGUUCAUGCGAUAUUAUCAAACAAUGGGUGGAUAAAUUUUGUUUAUUCUAUUCAAUUCAAAACAAUGAACGUGAUCGAUUAUUUUCAAAUUGUUUAUUAGAACAAAUUGUAUUUCGAACAGCGACACGACUUGAUGGUGAUCGUGUUGUCCUAUGUUCAGGUAUUGUUGUACAUAAAGUACAAAUGAAUUAUUUAUUAGGUGACGUCGCACAAAGUAUCUAUAAUUAUGGAUCGACAUUAAAAAUGUUUAAAAUUGAUUCGAUUAUUGCCGCAACAUUAGCAUCGAUUUUAUUACUUGAUCCGACAAAUCCUGGUAAGAAUUUAAAACAUGAGAAGAACGAGAUCGACAUUGAGGGUUUAGAUUACGUUUAUCAUCAAACACCAUUUUCAUCGACGAUCAGUGAACUUUAUCAGAAAAUGAAUGAUUCAUUAAAAGAUUAUUUGAAACAACAACAUGAAGAUAGUUCAGUCUACUUACAGCUGUUGGAAAGACUUAAUGACGCACGACAUAUCGCAUUAGAUCUACGAAAACGUCUGCUACUUCAUCGACAUACAAUUGGACUCACAAAUUCAAUGAAUACAUUACUCGACUUAAUAUUGGAAUAUAAACCAUUGUCUACCGAUUUGCAUUCAACAGAAGAUACAUCAGCAUUACCAUUCGGUCAAUAUGAUUGA